AUCCAAUCCCGCGGGAAAAGUACGAUUACUUCCUACACAUUCCCUCUAUAUAUAUGGAUUAGGAAAAAUUCCAGGGAGCACGAAAGAGGGCCGGGGGAGGGAGACAGGGACGCGCCAGCUUCACGCACAAGCCCUACGCCGCCUCGCCUCGUUGCUUGUCUUCCAAGAUCCGUAGUUAGCUGCACUGCGCCAAGAAGAAUCAACCAAAGCUUCGCCCCGACUUAAUCGCCAUCCCUUCUUGUUUGGUGUUGUUGAACCUCGAUCGAUCUUGGCGCGGUGGUGGCUAAUGGCGCACUGCGGCGGCGGUCAGGCGGCGUCCGUGGAGAGCCAUUUCCAGGGCCUGCUCGACGACGACGACAAGUACCGCGCAUUGUGCGGCGCCUUCGGGUACCUGCAGCAGCAGGAGUGGCCGGACCUCAGCGGCGCGUGCUACUCGGCGUUCGGCGCGCCGCCGCCGCCGGGUGCAGCGACGCAAGCGACCAGCAACGGCGCCGGCAACUCCUUCACCUGCAGCGGUAGCGCCAGCAGCGGCGGCGGGUCCGCGAAGAGAAAACCUGACGCGUAUGUGGACGCAAAGGACGACUGCAAGAGGCCGAGAGGGAAGCAGCAGCUGUGCGAUCCUGGCGAGGCUGGAGGGGCGGCGAAAGGGAGGCCGGAGAAGCCCAAGGCGUGCGCCAGGAAGAAGCCGGAGCCGGCGGCCGCCGGCCAGAAGACCGACUACAUCCACGUCCGGGCCCGGCGCGGGCAGGCCACGGACAGCCACAGCCUCGCCGAACGGGUGAGGCGGGAGCGGAUCAGCGAGCGGAUGAGGUACCUGCAGGAGCUGGUGCCCGGCUGCGACAAGGUCACCGGCAAGGCCGGCAUGCUCGACGAGAUCAUCAACUACGUCCAGUCCCUGCAGAAGCAGGUCGAGUUCCUGUCCAUGAAGAUCGCCGCCUCCAACCCGGUGGUGAACUUCAACAUCGUCGACGACCUCUUCGGCGGCAGGCGGAUGAACCAGGCGUGCGGCCCCGCGGCGGCCCUGCCCGCCAUGACGCUGCCGAUGCACCAGGGGCAGCUGGACCCGUCCUGCCUUCAGAUGAGCAGCGCUACCAUGCAGCAGAUGCAACAGCCGGCUGCUGGGUUCGGGCUGGACAUGCUCGUCAGCAGCUCAUACCCGGCGGCGCAGAGCGCGCCCCCGUCGGCGGCUGCCACGCCGGUGUCGAUGUCGGCGUCGGCCACCGCGUCCGUCGAUUCAUGCCUCGACGUGAACGGAGCUGCUGCUUGGGACAUUGCGUCUCAGCAUUUGUUCAGUGGGUUCGACGCACAGUUUCAGUCAGUUCAAAGUGACUGUUUGCUAGACAACCUCAAAAUGGAAUUGUAAGCAGGAUUAAUUCUCAUUCCUGGAGUUUUAAGUGCAACUAUACGUGUGGCUGAAGAUUCUUUAUUCAUAGCAACUGUACUAAUGCAGUAUUCUGUCAGCAAUGAGAACAGAAGCACAUUUGUGCGUGAAGUGUUAUUCUUG